AUGGCUUCCUCAAAAGUGGAUCACUGCUUUGAUGGAUCUAGUUUGUUGACAAGUUCGCAAAAGAAAAAAUUGAACGAAUUCUAUGGUAUAAAUGGUCAACGUUGGAAAUUGAUUUAUAAAGCAUCGCGUGACAGUUUUGAUAUGCAAGCAUUUCAUCGUCAUUGUGAUGAUAUCGGUCCAACAAUGACCGUUGUCCAAUCCAAAGAUGGCUAUCUGUUUGGUGGAUAUACAAGUGUACCGUGGGCAUCCGCUUUGGGAUCACAGAAAAAUGAUCCAACAGCGUUUCUGUUUACAUUGGUUAGCCCAGUAGUUGAAAGUGGAACAAAAUUUGCUUGUAUAAAAGCUGGAACAAAUGCAGUUUUUCAUAGCUUUUCAUGUGGUCCUGCAUUUGGAACAGGGUACGAUUUGAUCAUAUCAAAUGAUAGCGAUACAAAUAUGGAUAGUUACUGUAAUUUCCCUCAUAGUUAUGUCGAUCAUCUCGGGCAUGGAACGUUGACAUUUACCGGCAGCGUACACUUUAAAACAGCUGACAUCGAAGUUUUUACGCAAGCAUAG